UUUAUAUUGUUUUAGUCUGGCUUUGCUUUUACUUUGAAGGGGAAAGGCACUCCACUUCCGGUGCCACCCCUGCUGUUUGUGUCUGACUUGACGCAGCUCUGGGGCCUGCUGUGUUUUCAACGGAGGGAGAGCCGAGAAGAAAAAUGGCGUCUGCAGGCGACCCAGAGCGGGACACCGGCCAUUCAGUUUGAGCUUUCCACCCUAAAAUUGAGACCGGGGCUUGGUUGGGGGACUUUUCGGGAACCCGGUUGUUUGCUUUUUUCCUCCCCCGUUUUUUCCUCCGUUGUGUGUGGCUUACUCAAGCACCGAGAUUGAAGCGGAACAGAAGAGUCUCUCUCCUACAAUGAGGGGGAGAAGAGGAAGGCCGCCCAAACAAGCAGCCGCGAUGCGGGAAGGCUCACCGGGGCCAGUCCGCGGCUCUCGGGGCGGCAGGAGCAGAGGGAUGCGUGGACGGGGGAGAGGCAGAGGACGGGGUCGGGGACGGGGAGGAAGCGGAGGCGGUUGUGGCACUGGCUCUGCGGAGGUGGAUACGGACAUCUCCGGCCGAGAGAACUUUCAUUCGUCCCGGGGCCGCAGGAAAGUUGGAGGCUCCGCCGCUGUGGCAGCCGCGGCGUCGCGGAGCAGAGGCGGCAGAGGGAGAGGCAGGGGGUCGAGAGGCGGCCGCGGCGGCAGAGGCGGAGUGAGGCGGCCUCAAACUAAGGUGGUCUACGACGACAACAGCGACGAGGAGGACGAUAAUUUAAGCUACAGGUCGGACGAAGAUGAACUCCUGAACGACAACCCUUCGUCGGAUCUUGAAGAAGACGAGGCCUUGGGAAACGACUCUGACUAUCUGGAGGAGCUACCAGAUGAUGAUGAUGAUGAUGAUGGUGAUGCCAGCUACUGCACCGAGAGUAGUUUUCGGAGCCACAGCACGCUCGGUAGCACCCCAGGCCGGAGAAGGAGUCGGGCGGCGCGACCACAGUCUCCCAUCAUCGAGGCGAAGGACAUUCCUCUCUUGGAGCUUCCCAAGUCUUCUGAGGACCUCCUGGUUCCUACCUCACAGCUCCUCAAUGUGUCUGCUGUCUACGAGGUCCUCCGCAACUUUGGCUCAGUGCUGCGGCUCUCCCCGUUCCGCUUUGAGGAUUUCUGUGCAGCUUUGGCCAGUCAGGAGCAGUGCACGCUGCUGGCAGAGACCCACAUCUCCCUGCUGAAAGCUAUUCUCAGAGAGGAGGACACUUCCAACACCACAUUUGGUCCCGCUGACGUGAAGGACUCUGUCAACUCCACUCUAUAUUUUGUGGAUGGUAUGACCUGGCCGGAGGUGGUGCGAGCGUACUGCGAGAGCGACCCGGAGUACCGGCAUAUUCUGCCUUUCCAGGAGUGUGAGGAUUAUCCGUUUGAACCGUUAGAGAGCAAAAUAAAAGUUCUCCAGUUUCUAGUGGACCAGUUCCUGGCAACCAACAUUGCCAGGGAAGAGCUAAUGUCGGAAGGUGUGGUUGCCUACGACGACCACUGCAGGGUGUGCCAUCGCCUCGGUGACCUUCUGUGCUGCGAGACGUGUUCGGCUGUUUACCAUCUGGAGUGUGUGAAGCCACCAUUGCAGGAAGUGCCAGAGGACGAGUGGCAGUGCGAGGUGUGCGUGGCACACAAGGUACCCGGUGUGGCGGACUGCAUCCCCGAGGUGCAGAAGAGCAAACCAUUUAUUCGUCAACUGCCAGUCGGCUAUGACCGACACCACCGAAAAUACUGGUUCCUGAACCGCCGCAUUGUAGUAGAGGAGGAUGGUGAGCAGGAGGACAAAGCCAUCUGGUACUACAGCACCAAGGUCCAGCUAGGCGAGCUGAUAGAUUGCUUGGAUAAGGAGUACUGGGAGGCCGAUCUGUACGCAGCCCUGGAAGAGAUAAGGGACGAGGUGCACACGCAUAUGGACAUCACUGAGGACCUAACUAACAAGGCCCGUGGCAGCAACAAGUGUUUCCUCACCGCCGCUAACGAGGAGAUCCUGGAGCGGUUGCGGGCUAAGAAGGAGGAGGAACUGGAGGAGGUGAAAAGACGGGCUGCUGAGGAGGCCCAGAGAGCGCGGCUGGAGAAGGAGAAGAAGGAGGCAGAUGUGGAGAAGGAAGACGAAGAGGCCAAGCCGAAAGACGAGGGACAGCAGGACGUCAAGGUCAAAAUUCCGACAAAGGAGGACGAGACGAAAGAAGAGGCCAAAGAGGAGAAAGAUGGCAUCAAAACUGUCGUCGAAGCUCCACCCACUGGCCAAGAAGGCAGUAGUGGCUGUAGCAUCUCAGACGGACCUAUACUCCCAGCAGCCUCUGAUCCAACACAAACCAUCCCCACCACCGUGAGCUCUAGCCUGGCCACUGAGGCCCCAAAGCCCCCGGCCUCCACCGUCGAGGCUGGGAUAGAGGGAUGUUCCCAUAUGGAGGUCUCUAACAGCACCAAAGCAGAAAACCCAUCAUCAGAUUCUGUCCCCGUCAGUGGAGAUGGCAUCCCCAGCCUGAGCCAACCCUCCCAGCCUAGUGAGGAGAACAGUAACAGCAGCGUGGGAACUGGGGUCCCUCAAAGGGGUCCUGAACCUCCAGACCUGGCUGACAAGUCCUCCCAGUCAUCCCUGGCCAGCCUCGAAGACACAGGGGACAGUAAAGACUCACUCAACGGUGAGACGGGUCUCAGCAGUAAGAGGUCUUCAGCAACUCGCAUGGUGACACGGCUGAGAAACCCGGAGAGCAAGCUGAGCCAGCUGAAGAACCAGCAGGUGGCCGCUGCUGUUCACGAAGCUAACAAGGGCUUCAAGGAGGGCAAAGAGGUACUAGUAGUAAAUGCACAAGGUGACAUCACCCGUGUCAGCACACGCAGCAGCAAGGAGGUGGUGAUGAAGGGCACCCUCAGCCAAUACUUCAAGAUUGGCCAGGAGGGCAAAUAUCGUGUCUAUCAUAACCAGUACAGCUCCAAUGCCCUGGCCCUCAACAAGCACCAGCACAGAGAGGACCACGACAAGAGGCGGCAUCUCUCCCAUAAGUUCUGCAUGACGCCAGCAGGAGAAUUCAAGUGGAACGGGUCCAUUCACGGUUCUAAGGUUCUGACCAUCUCCACAUUGAGACUCACCAUCAUCCAGCUGGAGAACAAUGUUCCAGCACCAUUCAUGCACCCUAACUGGGCCUCACACAGGACCAACUGGAUCAAAGCAGUUCAGAUGUGCAGUAAGGCCAGAGAGUUUGCUCUGGCUCUGGCCAUCCUGGAGUGUGCCAUCAAACCUGUGGCUAUGCUGCCAGUCUGGAAGGACUCACUGGGCCAUACCAGGUUAAACCGUAUGACAUCCAUGGAGCGUGAGGAGAAAGAGAAGGUGAAGAAGAGGGAGAAGAAGCUGGAGGACGAGGAGACGAUGCAACAGGCCACCUGGGUCAAGUACACCUUCCCCAUUAAACACCAGGUGUGGAAACAAAAAGGAGAGGAGUAUCGCGUUACGGGUUACGGGGGCUGGAGUUGGAUCAGUAAGACCUAUGUGGAGCGGUUUCUCCCCAGGCUUCCUGGCAACACCAACGCUAACUACCGCAAAGAACUGGAAGAUGCUAAACUCGGCAAGAAAUGUACCCUGCUGGACUUGAGUCGACGGCCCAGUGUAGCCGCACCAGAAGCUCAGGGAGUCACCGCCUCGAGCGGUGACACAAGAGAUCAAGACUCAUCUACCCUCUCCGAACCUGUGACGACGGAUCGUCUGACGUCUGUCGAGGAUUUGGACUCUAAUGAGAGGAUGGAGGAAGAAGAAAAGAAAGAAGCUGUGGAUGAAAAGGAAAAGUCUGAGGAACUGUCUGCAGAUGAAUCACCUGCAAAGAUGGAGGUGGACCCCACAGAUGCACCAUCGGAUGAAGAGAAAAGAUCCAGUAUUCAGGAAGAUAAGGUUUCCAUGAAGGAGGAGCCUACAGAGGGCCCUCCACGGCCUUUUAACUACGAUGUAGUGGAUGUCAGCAAGGGCUUCCUCACCCGCAUUGCCUACAAGAAGAAGAAGACCUCCAAGCUGGACAGCCUGCUGGAGCGCCGAGUAAAGCAGCACAUUAUUGAAGAGAGGCAGAGGCAACAGGUGUCUGCCUCCAAACCCCAAACGCCCACACCAGUUUCAACCACUUCAACCCCAGCUCUGAGCACUCCAGUCCGGCCACGGUCACCACUCAAGCCCCACGCUCUGGCUCAGACGCAGGUCGCACCGGGCGAAGCUGUGAAAGUGGAGGGGAAAUCUUCCACGACACAAAUACCUGGACCAGGAGAGGUUAGAGAAGGAAAAAUUAAAGGGGAGAGUCAGGCUGAACUCUCUAAAACUGCAGAUGAGAUUGUCACUCCUCUUUCUUCUCCUGUUCAGGACUCCACACCCAAAGACAGUUGCAGUACAGGUACAGACAGAGAUUCAACUUCACCACAAAACCAAACCACCUCCAUGCCCCAGGAACUGGAGGCAGACUUACUGGAAAGGACUACGGGGCCAAAAGAAACUAAUUCGGGUAGUUCAGGGCAAGAGGGUGUCAAACAACCUGAUGUCCAUGAAACAGCACAGGGAACUAAUUGCUCUUUAGAGCAACAAACAGCCAGUGUACCAUCAGAUGUUACCAAGGCUGCACAUACUGAAAAUAUAGUGUCUGAGGUAUCGAGCAUGAAAUUGGACUCAGUAAGGACACCUACAAGUGUUAUUGACCAAAAAAGUAGUCAAAACACAUCUCCUUCUAAACCUCCUCAGCAAAGCCCAGAAACUUUAAGCUCAGCACAGUCGGGCAUUGAGGAAAAUGGCAUGGGGCCAGACGAGAACCAAGAAAAUAUGCAAAGUAUUGGACAAGGUCGAACCGAAGGUGCCGGCACUCCCGAUUCAGUUUCUCCUCUCCCUCAGGUAAAUGGUAAUGAUCGUUUGAGGAGUGAAACCAUGUUGAAUAACUCAAAUAACGGUGUGCUCACCAACAGUCCUCAGCCCAAGGUGAACAGUGUUGAUAAAGUCGAGGAAGAAGGGCUGGUUGUGUCGCUGAAGGACAGCACACAGCAAAAGCCUUUAGUGAACGGAGAUUUGGCCCCUGUAAACGAUAGCACAGAGGUUGUGGGAAAGGAACCGAGCCUAGAUUCUAAGGUAGAGGUUGAGAGCAAGAUAACGAUAUCGGAUCAGGACUACAAACCUCCGCUGAAGAUGACGAGGCUGGAGAACAGCAUAGACAUACUUGGAGCUAAAACUCAGAGCACUAUACAGCACAACAGCACAUCACCGUUUCAGUCUGCGGAGACCAAACCCAGUCCGGUGGUCAAGGUCAUCAGAAUGGCGCCCUCUCCUAUACCUUCAGCGGAGGAGUCCAGUCUGAGCGACGACUUUGCGGAAGAGAACAGCAACAGUGGGACGACGGAACCGCUCAAGACCAUCAUCACCCAGGUAAUGACAACCUCCACGACAACCACGACGGUGGUUUCUACGGAGAUGAGGAUAGCUAAAUUACCAUCGCAUGCAUCCGCAGAAAUUACAAAGCCGGCAGUGUCAACAACAGAGAGCAGUGCGGUGACCACCCUCACGACCAUGACGAAAACAACUGUGACCAAAAUCUGCUCCUCUGGGCUCGAUGGUCAGUCGGAAGACAGCCAGAGUGAAAUGGUGACACAAGAGCAGGAGUCAACACUCUCAGCCUCUAUCAGCAAGUCAACAACUGACGCCAGCGGUAGGACCUCAGCGUCAUGUGUCGCCGUGAGCCAAGAGGACUCAUCCACAAAGGGCCGCGUCCGCCUCGUCAAAUUCUCCCGCACCAAGAAGACACGCUCAGACACCGCCCUUCCUUCUUACCGCAAGUUUGUCACCAAGAGCAACCGCAAGAGUAUUUUUGUCCUGCCACAUGACGACUUGAAGGUGCUGGCGAGGCGAGGCGGAUUCCGUGAGGUUCCUGUUUUUAGCUACAAUGCCAAGCCAGCCCUGGACGUCUGGCCGUAUCCUUCACCCAGGCCCACAUUUGGCAUCACCUGGAGGUAUCGCCUGCAGACGGUGAAGUCUCUGGCCGGUGUCAGCCUCAUGCUGCGGCUCCUGUGGGCCUGUUUGAGAUGGGACGACAUGGCCGUCAAACCAUCCGCUGCUGUCGGCACCACGCGUACAGAGACAUCAGAUACCGAAAUCACCACCACGGAGAUCAUCAAGCGCCGUGACGUGGGGCCCUACGGCAUCCGCUCGGAGUACUGCAUCCGCAAAAUUAUCUGCCCCCUUGGUGUGCCUGAGACGCCGAAAGAAACCCACACUCCUCAGAGGAAGGGGCUGCGCUCCAGUGCCUUGCGCCCCAAGAAGCCUGAACCUGCCAAGCAGACGGGCCCGGUGGUGAUCGAGACUUGGGUGGCUGAGGAGGAGCUGGACCUCUGGGAGAUCAGAGCCUUCUCAGAAAGGGUAGAGAAAGAGAAAGCUCAGGCAGCAGAACAAGCCAAGAAACGUCUGGAGCAGAAACCCGGCACAGUCACGGUUACUCCAACAGGGACUCCCACCACACCUGCCUCCACGCCCAAAGUCAUUGUCGGUUCACUGUCAGGCCAGGGCACCCCCAGCACCAAGGUGGUACUGUCCACCAAGAUGGGUACCCCCGUCACAUUCCAGCAGAACAAGAACUUCCAGCAGUCGUUCGCCACCUGGGUCAAGCAGGGUCAAAACACACAAGGAGCAGGCACGGAGACCACUGUGGCCACGUCUGGUGGGCACACCUUUCAUAUUACGGGAACCUCCGUGGGUGGAAAGGUAGUGACCACCAAGUUGCCGCUGCCAGCCAACAGCAAGAUCGUCACAGUCAACGUGCCAACUUCACAAGGAGGUGUGGUUCAGCAGAAGGUGUUGGGUAUCAUCCCCUCCAGUACGGCGGGCGGUGCCCAGACCUACACCACAUUCCAGCCCCGCACUACCACGCUUAACAUCAGGCCCAACGCCCCAGGCUCCCAGCAGCAGGUUCUAGCAGCUGGUGGUCAGAUCCGUCCAGGAAUGACAGUGAUCCGAACCCCAAUCCAGCAGACGGGACCCUUGGGAAAGACGAUACUCAGAACACCCCUCAUGGUCCAGCAAGGUCAGGGUGGUCAGCAAGUAGUGACGCAGAUCAUUCGUGGCCAAGCGGUGUCCACAGCAAUAUCGGGUGCCAGCCCUGUUGCCACAGUCACUGGACAAGGGGCAGCCAGCCCCACCUCAGGGGGACAGGCAGCUGGCCAAACACCACCCGGCACACCGCGGGCGCAGGGGCAAGGCCAGGUUAAACUCACCCUGGCACAGCUCACCCAGCUCACACAGAAGCAGCAGGCUGGGUCAGGUGUGGAUCGGCAGGCUGGUGUCGGUGGUACCCAACAGGCUCUGACGGUGAUGGUUCAGGGUCAAGGUCAGACCACUGGCCAGCUGCAGGUCAUACCUCACGGCGUCACUGUCAUCCCAGGACCCGGCCAGCAGCUCAUGCAGGCGGCGUUGCCCAACGGCCAGGUGCAGCGCUUCCUCUUCACGCCCCUGGCCUCAGCUGCUACACCGACGUCAAGCACAGCCACCACAGUUCCCGGCCAGCCCAACUCAACUUCCACCAAAACCCCGGCCCAGCCCGCUCAGCAGGCAGCCUCCCCCGUCCAGGCAGGGGCAGCCCCCCUGGCCACCACCAGCACCCCUUCUUCAGCCACCCCACAAGGCCAGUUACCCCCCCAGACGCAGGCCCACAUGCCCAUUCAGUCUCCCACCUCGCUGCAGGUGAAAACGCAGGGAGGAACCACCCAGUUGCAGCUGCAGCAGACGCCCCAGCUCAUCAGCAUGUCUGGACUACAACAGCAGGUACAGGUGUUGGCCCAGCUGCAGGCCCAGCAGGGUGGAGGCUCUCUGCCACAGCACAUCAAACUGCAGCUUCCUAUCCAGAUACAACAGACUGGGACCACCUCAGCUCAGGGAGGACAGAUUGGGAACGUUGUGACUAUUCAGGCAGCAUCUGUCCAGGAGCAGCUGCAGAGGAUCCAGCAGCUCAGAGAGCAGCAACAGCAGAAGAAGAGACAAGCUGCAGAGGCUAAGAGAGAGCAAGCCCUCAACGCAGCCAGCCAGAGCGACAUCAUUCAGAAACAGGUGGUGAUGAAACAAAACGCCGUGAUUGAGCAUCUGAAGCAGAAGAAGACCAUGACACCUGCAGAGAGAGAAGAGAAUCAGAGGAUGAUUGUAUGCAACCAGGUGAUGAAGUACAUCCUGGACCGGAUAGACAAGGACGAGAGGCAGGCGGCCAAGAGGAGGAAGAAGGAGGAGGUGGUAGAGGCGAAGAAGAGGUUGGCCAAUGCCAGCAAGCUCUCGUCGCUUCUUUACCGGCACAAAGAGAGCCUCAAGAUGGAGAUCCUGAAGAAGCGGGCGCUUCUCGACAAGGAGCUGCAGCUCGAGGCCCAGGAGGAGCUAAAGAGGGACCUGUUGCGGAUGCGGAGGGAGAAGGAGAGGGCUCAGGCAGCGGCCCAACAGGCGGCCCAGGCCGCCGCCGCGGCGGCGGCUCACAGCCAGCAACAACACACUCUAGCACGCACACACGGCAUCACCACUCAGCACCACCUCACCACGACCGUCACCUCCGCACACAAGAGGAAACGCGAGGAGGAGAGGGAGACGGCGUCGUCGGCAAAGUCCAAGAAGAAGAAGAUGAUCUCGACGACGAGCACCAAGGAGAGCAAGAAGGACACCAAGCUCUACUGUAUCUGCAAGACGCCCUACGAUGAGACCAAGUUCUACAUCGGCUGCGACUUGUGUACCAACUGGUACCACGGCGACUGCGUGGGCAUCACGGAGAAGGAGGCCAAGAAAAUGGAUGACUACAUCUGUGUGGAGUGUAAACGGGGCCAGGAGGGCAGCACGGAGGAGCUGUACUGCAUCUGUCAGACUCCAUAUGACGAGUCCCAGUUCUACAUCGGCUGUGACCGGUGUCAGAACUGGUACCACGGUCGCUGUGUGGGCAUCCUGCAGAGCGAGGCCAACCACAUCGACGAAUACGUGUGCCCGCAGUGCCAGUCGACGGAGGACGCCAUGACGGUCUUCACGCCGCUCACAGAAAAGGACUACGAGGGCCUGCGGAGAAUCCUGCGCUCCUUACAGGCACAUAAAAUGGCGUGGCCGUUCUUGGAGCCAGUGGACACGAAUGACGCCCCGGACUACUACAGGGUUAUCAAGGAACCAAUGGACCUUUCCACCAUGGAGGAGAGGUUACAGAAGCGCGAGUACGUGAAGCUGACAGAGUUUGUAGCGGACAUGACCAAAAUCUUCGACAACUGCCGCUACUACAACCCCAGUGACUCGCCCUUCUACCAGUGUGCCGAGGUUCUGGAGACCUUCUUCGUCCAGAAGCUCAAAGGCUUCAAAGCCAGCAGAUUGUGAUGUCAAAACUCCUGGGUGCCGGGGUCACUCUUUAAACAAACAAACAAAUAAUUUGCUAUCCCGGAUGUUGCUGUUUUUUUACUUCUUUAAAACAGCAAUAAAAAAAAAAAAAUAAAAAAAACUUUUGUAAGAAAGUUCAUAUAUUAAGCCA